AUGUUUGCGGGCGGGUACGCCGGGGGUCCCCGGGGGCCCCCCGGCCGGCGCAAGUCCAGUCACUGUGUGCCCGAAAACCUGCAGAUCCCCAAACCGUCCGGGCUGGGCGGCGGUUUACCAAGGAGCGUCAGCAGCGGCAGCAGCGGCAAGAUGCUGUCUAUGUCGUACAGCGAGAGCAUCCGUAGCGGGAUCAACCGCUACCACUCGGACCAGGGGCUCAACCUGCCGCGGCCCGCCGACCAGGCGGCGCUGCAGCGGCUCCGGGAGCAGCGGGUGGCCGCUCAGAUCAAGAACAUGGAAGACUUCCUGAAGAUGAACGGCCUGGCCCUGGAGGAGUGUGUGUCCUACCAGACAGGCAUGAAGUACAGAAACCUUGGCAAAUCUGGACUGAGGGUAUCCUGUCUGGGCCUAGGAACAUGGGUGACGUUCGGGGGACAGAUAACGGAUGAGACGGCAGAGCAGUUGAUGACUCUGGCCUACGAGAACGGCAUCAAUCUGUUUGACACGGCCGAGGUUUACGCCGCUGGAAAGGCGGAAACUGUGCUGGGCAACAUCAUAAAGAAGAAAGGUUGGAGACGCUCCACUCUGGUGAUCACAACAAAAAUCUACUGGGGCGGAAAAGCCGAGACUGAAAGAGGGUUGUCCCGGAAACACAUCAUAGAAGGUUUAAAAGCCUCGUUGGAAAGACUGCAGUUGGAAUAUGUGGACGUGGUCUUCGCCAACAGACCGGACCCCAACACCCCAAUGGAAGAGACAGUGCGGGCGAUGACCCAUGUGAUCAACCAGGGCAUGGCUAUGUACUGGGGAACAUCUCGCUGGAGCCCCAUGGAGAUCAUGGAAGCGUACUCCGUUGCCCGGCAGUUCAACCAGAUACCCCCGAUCUGUGAGCAAGCCGAGUACCACAUGUUCCAGAGGGAGAAGGUGGAGGUGCAGCUACCUGAGCUCUUCCACAAGAUCGGUGUGGGGGCCAUGACAUGGUCGCCCCUGGCCUGUGGCAUCAUCUCAGGGAAGUACGACAGCGGGGUGCCAGCCUACUCCCGCGCCUCACUCAAGGGUUACCAGUGGUUGAAGGACAAGAUCCUGAGCGAGGAGGGUCGCCGUCAGCAGGCGAAGUUGAAAGAGCUGCAGGCAAUCGCCGAGCGUCUGGGCUGCACUCUGCCCCAGCUCGCCAUCGCGUGGUGCCUACGGAAUGAGGGCGUCAGCUCUGUGCUCCUCGGAGCCUCCACCACAGACCAGCUCAUGGAGAACAUCGGAGCCAUACAGGUCCUCCCCAAGCUGUCAUCUUCCAUCACCCAUGAGGUGGACAGCAUCCUGGGCAACAAGCCCUACAGUAAAAAGGACUACCGCUCCUAACGGCCAGCGGCCCUCACACCGCCCCGCCCCGCUCACAUGCGCCGGGGGAUGACAACAACCAAGAAACACACACACACACACACACACACACACACACACACACACACACACACACACACACACACACACACACACACACACACACACACACACACACACACACACACACACACACACACACACACACACACAAAAACACAAAAACACAUCUUUGCCUGAUCCUCUUGUCUGCUUGAGCUUUUACGGAAUGAGGCCCUUGGCGCAUGAGUCUGGUCCAACGUCGGCCACCCCAGGGCCCCUGUUCCGCCCCCUCCCCCUCCCCCCACUCAUAGAUCUGGUGGAGGAUUCGAUGAGACGAACUGGACAGAGAUACAGGG